CACCUUAUCAUCCUGGCUCUUCGGCUAUGCACCUGCAACCUCUCCUUGGAGCCCCCCUUCUUGUCAUCCUCCUUUUUUCCGCCCUCCGCCCCGGCGGUCGGACAGAGGUAGUGCGCGCUCAGCAGCGGGAGUGCGCAAAGCGGUCGGCAUGCACCUGGAGAGAAACCGCCCCGCCAAGCCGGCCAAGGGCUUAACCAGAGACGCAGCAGGAUGCGGAACGACGCUCUAACGACAGUGAUAUAGCAGCAGAGCACCGGGUGGAUAUCAGAGCUGCAGCAUGGGCGUGGGAAAGAGGCGCAAUGACAGCGAUGUGAUUCCACAGAUAUAAGAAGGGUGGGUGGGGGGAACCCGAGUUACGUUUGGACCAGAGUUGUGCAUUUGAAAGCUUCGAUUUGGUUGCUCUGAAAUUCAUCAGACACAACACUUUGUUUUACCUCCCGGUCUACCUUCACCGGAGUUUAAAGGGAUGGAGAAAAGCGCACAGCAGCAGUCCAAAAGCGCAGAGAGACCAGCAGAGGACAUCUCCAAAAUACCCGAUGAGGAGCUGCUGAAGUGGGGUAAAGAGGAGCUGGUGAGGCGGCUGCGGAGGGCAGAAGCAGAAAAAAGGGGCGUCAUCGUGGAGCACGGCAAUCUGAUGCGGGAGGUGAACCGGAGACUCCAACAACACCUGAACGAGAUACGGAGUUUGAAGGACGUGAACCAGAAACUGCAGGAGGACAACCAGGAGCUGAGGGACCUGUGCUGCUUCCUGGAUGACGACCGGCAGAAAGGGAAGCGGGUGUCGCGGGAAUGGCAGCGAUUGGGUCGCUACAGCGCUGGCCUGAUGAGGAAGGAGGUGGCUAUCUAUUUGCAGAAGCUUAAGGAGCUGGAGCAGCGGCAGAUGGAGGUGAUCCGGGAGAACCUGGAGCUUAAGGAGGUGUGCCUCAUGUUAGAAGAGGAGAGGGCCACAGUUGUGGCUGGAAGCACAGGGGGAAGUGGUGGUGGUCAGGGAGGCCCAGGCUGCAGGAGCUCCAUUGACAGUCAAAGUAGCCUGUCUCAGCUGGGCGGUGGCAUGCCUACACCAGGCCUGUUGCGGGAUGUUGGCGAUGGAAGCAGCACCUCCAGCGCAGGGAGCACAGACAGCCCAGAUAACCCUCACCAUAAACCCUCCCCUCUUGGCUCCAAUUCAAGCCCUGGAUCUGGCUCAAGAUGCAGCUCUUCAGGACAAAAGAGAGAUGUUUGUGAAUUCAGCGGGAGGAGGCGCAGCUCCACCACGGAGUACCACACCUUUCCCCAGUCCUGCCGGCCCCGUGGAGGGUCCCUCACCAACCUAGAGCUUCACAGCUUUCGAGGACACAGCCCAGAGAAACACAGCAAGUCUCCUACCAGGCUACCUUGUGGCUCCCACUCCAAACCCUGCAGCUCUGACCUACUAGCACAGAAACAGCUACUGAUGUCAGGACAGGCAUCUCCAGGCAGUGGCAAGGGCUCAGCUAAGUCCAGCCCAGAUCUGAGUCAGCGACACCGGCAGGUAAACUCAGCAGGGGCUGGAAGUCCUGAAGCCAAGCAGGUAGCAAUGGGCACACCUGAGCACCUGAGAAAAGGGCGGGUGAUUGUGGGAAGUCCAGAGUCUAUACGGCACCACUAUCACUAUCAUCAGAGCCCAGGGGUGGAGCACAGCAAGGGGAAGUAUAGUAGUGGCUCCCCUGGCAGGGAUGGAAGUCACAGGAGACCAGCGGGUGAAGAGAUGGCCCCCCACCACCAGAGUCUGUACAACGCUCUGAUAUCUGCUGGCUGCUGCACCAACUCAUGUAGGAGUGUUAAACUUUGGGACAGCUUCGAUGCUUCCUUACCAUGACAUGCCUCUUGAUGAGAUGCUGCUGUGACAACAUGCACCCCAGAGAGAGCAGAAGGGGCAAGAGGAUCGAUACAUAACCAGUCGCAUAAAUGAUCAGGCCAAUCAAAACUUCGCAGUGAACAGCGACAACAAGCAGACAUAAAUACUCUCUCUGCCUUUUCUGCGGUUGCUGCUACUGAUGCUGCUAUGCAUUUACUGAGGACCACCAGAAAAAACGAAUGUCAUUGUUCAGAUGGGCGAAGAUUUGUCCCUGCAUUGCCAAAAGGAACAGAAGAAAACAAAACAACUGAGAAUCUGCGGUUGCCAAUUAUAAAGCCCUACCUCUUUGGAAAGACAGAGCCCUUAUGGAUAAAUUAAGUUAUAUAUCAAGAGUAGUUGUUCCUGCUAACUGUCUCUUCGCUGUCACGCCUGUGAGCAUUUGAAAAUUAAAAUGUGUGAAAACGCAGUUUUAGGUAAUGGUAACUACUUUUACAAAGUAAUUGUGGAUCUGGAAUUGAAGCACAAAGUUUACUUUAACCUCUCAACAUCUGUUAGAUUACCAGUGACAAGUUUGCGGUUAGUAUUAGGUUCAUGUCUACUUUUUAUAUUGAAUUGUAACCAAUUGAAAAUCUUAAAACUGUUAGACCAACAUGCAUGUAAAAGAACUGAUUUGAAAAGCAACAUUUUCUAGUUUAUGAAACUAUUCUUGUUUAGCAUGUGGCUUAAACUUAAUUAUAACCUUUUCCUCAUUUGGUUCACCUGGUGGAUGUUAGGAGGUUAACAUUUUUUGUGGAUAAAUUUGAUGGUUUUGGCCAUAAUUGUCAGAAAUUAUAUUUCUAUUCACUACAGAAUUUCUCAAGAUGUAAGACAAGAAACUAAUUUGACAAUUGGCAGUCACAAAGGAUGGGACAAGCCACUUUCGUUUUUGAGUUUUAGCUAGUUGUUACUACAUACAUCUACUGAGGCAUGACCACAGUGUGCAGUAUUAGAGCCAACCAUGUACAGGCCCUGACUACAAAAUAUAUAGAAAAACAUAUGUACCUAUAAUUAUAUACACACAUGUAAUGAAGAAUACACAUAAAACACUAAAAAUGCAUAUCACUACAAAAAAGUAAUAAAAGCAAAUAUGGAUUAAAAACAUACAUCAGCAUAACAUCAACACACAGGUGAUGGGGACAAAAUAUGGUCUCUGGUAGGGGCCCCAAAAUGUGAUUGUAAACAUGCUUUUGUUCCUACACAAUGAGUAUUAAAUAUAUAUACACACACGCACACACACAGUCAUGUGUUUAACUCUUGCAGUAAGUUACAUUAAUUUCCUGUGGAUUUGCUCUAAAUGUACCCAUUCUGCCUUUCCUUUGCUUUUGUUACAAUUGUGGAUGCAUAUAUUAAAUACAUAUAUGUUUUAGAUAAUGAGGUC